ACAAAGAACAAAACUUUCGUCUCCUUGGAAGAGAAAUUAAUGGCUACGAAUGGGUUAAUGGCGUCUUCCAGUGUGUUUCUUCAUCGCCCGCGUAUCGCAUUUGCUUCUAGAACGAAUCAGGCUUCAGGAAAAUGCGGUAAAGGCCGCGUUAGUUUCAUGGGCAUUGGGACACGUCGUCUUCCGGUGAUUUUAUCUAUGACGGCGACGGCGGAGUCCGGUGAGGAGGCUGUGAAAUCUGUUUUGCCUGGAAAUGGCGUAUCCAUCAUGGUGAAUGGAUGUAGUGGCAAAAUGGGGAAAGCUGUAAUCAAAGCAGCAGACUCUGCAGGAGUAAAUAUUGUUCCCAUAUCAUUUGGAUCUGCUGGUGAGGAUGGUCAGAGAGUUGAGGUCUGUGGAAAGGAGAUUACUGUGCACGGUCCUACUGAAAGAGAAAAGGUUCUUUCUUCGGUGUUUGAGAAGCACCCGGAGCUAAUUGCUGUCGACUACACAAUUCCUUCUGCAGUAAAUGAUAAUGCGGAGCUGUAUAGCAAAGUUGGUGUUCCUUUCGUCAUGGGAACAACUGGUGGAGAUAGGAACAAAUUGUAUGAAACUGUUGAGAAAGCAAAGAUUUAUGCGGUGAUUUCCCCACAAAUGGGUAAACAGGUUGUUGCAUUUCUUGCGGCCAUGGAGAUCAUGGCUGAGCAGUUUCCUGGAGCCUUUUCUGGUUAUUCAUUGGAUGUAAUGGAGUCUCAUCAAGCUAGCAAAUUGGAUGCAUCCGGAACAGCAAAAGCUGUUAUUUCUUGCUUCCAGGAAUUGGGUGUGUCUUACGACAUGGAUCAGAUACAAUUGAUUCGGGAUCCAAAACAGCAAGUGGAGAUGGUGGGUGUUCCCGAAGAGCAUAUCUCUGGCCACGCUUUCCAUCUUUAUCACUUGACAUCACCCGAUGAAACUGUCUCCUUCGAGUUCCAGCACAAUGUCUGCGGCAGAUCAAUAUACGCCGAGGGUACUGUUGAUGCCGUGCUCUUCCUCGCCAAAAAGAUUCGAUUGAAAGCAGAUCAGCGAAUCUACAACAUGAUCGAUGUUUUGAGAGAGGGAAACAUGCGUUAAGCUUCCGAGUUUUGUCAGUGCAUUGACCAAAUGGUGGUUCUAGAAAAAGCUGAGGACAGGCUUUUAAAACUCCUUGGUAUAUACAGGAACUUGCCAUUGUAUUGUUCAUGUUUUGACCUCUUUACCUUAAAUGUUAUUCUCCUUUCUGGAUCAUUGAAGUGAAGUCUUAUAGAUAAAAUUUCUCCAAAUGU